UCGGUGGCAGGUCCAGAGCCGGGAAAGCGGAGGGGAUUCAGAGAGGCGGGUUGCUCGGGGACCUGCUGGGCAGCUGGUGGUGCUUGUGGCGUGGAGGAGGGCCCGACCAGGCGAAAGGAAGGAGGCUGGUGGUUUCUUGGAUCAAGUGUUUCAGAAGAUGGAAGCCUUUAACAACUGUACUGGACUGGGUGGAGAUUUGGAAGUGCAAAACUCCAGGAGUGAACAUUUCCUCUAUUUCGCCUAUGGCAGUAACUUGUUGCAGGAAAGAAUAAUGUUAAGAAACCCAUCUGUGGUUUUCCUUGCCCUAGCACAACUACUGGAUUAUAAACUUGCUUUUGGCUCUCAUCAAGGGAAACCUAGUUCUCAGUGGAAUGGAGGUACAGCUACUAUUGUUUAUAGCCCUGGUGAAGAAGUGUGGGGGAUAAUAUGGAAAAUGAAUACUAGUGAUUUAUAUUCUCUGGAUAGGCAAGAAGGAGUGGAAAAUGGCAUUUAUAUCCCAAUUGAAGUAAUAGUUCGGACUCAAGAUGAGAAAGUAGUUAAAUGUCGUAGUUACCAGAUGGAUGACUGUGUCCAUGAUCUUCCUUCUCCACAGUAUAAAAAGGUCAUCUGUAUGGGUGCAAAACAGAAUGGAUUGCCAAUGGAUUAUCAAAAGAAAUUAGACUCUAUAGAGACUAACAAUUAUGCAGGACGUGUGCCAGUGUUUGAGGAGAUUGAAGCUGCUUUCAAUGCAUCAGAGAAACAAAAUAAUGAAGAUCUAUUUUAGUGUAACUUAUUUUAAUUCUCUUGAGUAUCCUGUGUGACUAUUUCUCUUAUAUUACAGUAGCCUAGAUAUAUUUUAACAUGGUCAAAAUGACUGGUGAAUGCCACAUACAACAUAAGGUGUAAGAUGAUCCUUGAUUAUUAAUUCACUGAUACAAAAUCCAUUGUUCUCCUUCAGAUUUUUCUGUUUCUGUAUUCUCUGCAAUAAACUGAGACUGGGAAUAGUU